AUGGAGUUGUUGGCCGAGUACGUCGGGCAGGACGGGCAGCGACAGCAGCUACGGGUGCCCUGUGAGGCGCCGGGCGUCGCCGACCCUUUCCAGGGCUUGUUGUCGGGCGUGGCUAAGAUGAGGGAGCUGGUGACCAACCUCCUCGGCUCCCCGGUACAGCGGGAAGCACAGGACCGGGUGGCGGCGGCUCCAGAGAAGGCGUUGGACGGUGAUGAUGAAGAUGAUGCAGAAGAUGAAAAUAACGAUAACAGAACUAACUCAGAUGGACCCUCUGCAAAACGGCCAAAAACACCAACUUAACUGUAGCUUUUAUGAAAUUUAAAAGACUGCUAUGAUAUCUUAUUUAUCACACACUGACAUUUAAGGAAGACUUGUGCUCUAAUUUGGAAAGCAUUUGCUUUGUUCCCCUGGGACAAUUUUGUCAAAGAAGAAGCUUUUCUGCUGUUUCCAUCAAAGAAAGAUAGAAUAAAUGUUUAGAAAGGAAUCUUUUUUCUUGAGUGAGAAGUAAGUUUCAGACCAUGGAGAUAAAAUAGACAUUUAAUAAUGUAUAAAAUCCACUAUGUUGGCAACUGAAUUCUUUCUUUAUACUUUUUAAAUACCCUCUGGAUUAAAUUGUGUGAUGUCUACAUCUUUUAGCUUCUGUUAUAAAAAGUACAUGUCAAGGUUCAUGGACAAUUAUAUUUCAAGGAACUGACAUGAACAAGUGGUGAAAAUUGGGUAUUAAAUUUAAGAAUGGCAGUUCUGUAUAAGUAGAAGUAAAAUGGGAAUAGAGAGAAAUACUGAAGAGAAAGGAGAGCCCUUGAGAGAGAUCCAAGGAAACCUUGAAUCCACACUCACACCCAGUACACAGACUUCUGGAGACGAUACCACUCAAUGGGUAUAUGUUUAACCUGUACCUUAAGAGAGUUAUAAAUGGGGUGUGCUUUUAGGCUGUGAUGUGCUAUUUAUGUUAACACAAAUAUAAGUCUUUAGGUAAGCAACCUGUGUUGAAUAUAAAAAGAUAUUUCGUGUCAUCCUGUAGUCAAACUUUGAUUUUGCUUAGCAAAGGACUAUCAAAUCCUUUAAAUAUACAUAUGUAUAUAUUCCUAAAA